AUCAGCCACCAUGGGCUCAGUGGGAGACGAGCACUUCAAGGACAUCAGCCCCAUGGUGACCCCUGAGGGGAACGUGGUGAUGAGCUUCAGCUUUGACAGCUACCAGCUGGAGGAGGAGGAGCUGCAGGCAAAAGGGAACCAGGCCAAGGGAGUUCUCACCUUUAUGGAGCCAGCCUCUGAAGACCCCGAGCCCCAGGACCGAUACCAUGGGAUUUACUUUGCCAUGCUGCUUGCUGGGGUUGGAUUUCUCCUGCCGUACAACAGCUUCAUCACAGAUGUGGACUAUUUGCAUCAUAAAUAUCCAGGGACCUCCAUUGUGUUUGAUAUGAGCCUCACCUACAUCCUGGUAGCCUUGGUAGCCGUCAUCUUGAACAACGCCCUGGUGGAGCUGCUGAGUCUGCACACCAGGAUCUCUGUGGGAUACCUCUUUGCGCUCGGCCCCCUUCUCUUCGUCAGCAUCUGCGACGUCUGGCUGGAGCUCUUCACCCGCCGGCAAGCGUACGCCAUUAACCUGAUAGCCGUAGGGGUCGUGGCCUUCGGCUGCACAGUGCAGCAAUCCAGUUUCUACGGCUACACCGGGAUGUUGCCCAAGCGGUACACCCAGGGGGUGAUGACUGGCGAGAGCACGGCUGGGGUGAUCAUCUCCCUCAGCCGCAUCUUCACCAAGCUGCUCCUGUCGGAUGAGAAGGAGAACACCAUCAUCUUCUUCUUCAUCUCCAUCGGCAUCGAGCUCAUGUGCUUCAUUCUCCACCUGCUGGUGAAACACACCCAUUUCGUCCGGUACUACACCGCCUGCUCCCGGGAGGGUGCUGCUGAGGGCAAAGGGCUGCCAGACCGCGGCACCGGAUACAGGGUGCACCACGACGUCACGGCGGAGGACGUCCGGUUUGAAAAUCGGCCUCGUGGGCAGGUGGGCUCCCCUCCGGGCAGCCUGGCGAAUGAAGCUGAUCUGGCUGGCAGCAGCACCUACGUGAGGUUCGAUGUCCCACGACCAAAAAUCAAAAGGAGUUGGCCUGGUUUCCAAGACAUGAUGCUGCAUCGCUACGUUGUCUCCAGGGUGAUCUGGGCCUACAUGCUUUCCAUAGCCAUGACCUACUUCAUCACACUGUGCCUCUUUCCUGGGCUGGAGUCAGAGAUCCGCAACUGCACGCUAGGGGAGUGGCUCCCCAUCUUAAUCAUGGCCAUCUUCAACCUCUCGGACUUUGUCGGCAAGAUCCUGGCGGCCCUGCCUUAUGACUGGAGAGGGACCCACCUUCUCAUCUACUCCUGUCUGCGAGUGAUCUUCAUCCCUCUCUUUAUAAUGUGCGUCUACCCCAAUGGGAAACCCACCUUCAGCCACCCCGCUUGGCCUUGCAUCUUCUCCCUCCUCAUGGGGAUCACCAAUGGGUACUUUGGCAGCGUGCCCAUGAUCCUAGCUGCUGGCAAAGUGAGCCCGGAGCAGCGGGAACUGGCAGGUAACACCAUGACUGUGUCCUACAUGACCGGAUUGACCCUGGGCUCCGCUGUGGCCUACUUUGCCUAUAGCCUCACCAGUACGUCUCACAGUACCUGUUUCCUCACUGAAACCUACAACAGCUCGUUCACGGCGGGGUACUGAGCGGGCACUGUGGCUGGGGCCGCAGAAGCUCUGGGAUGGGGUAGGGGGCAGGAGCAGGACACAGGCGGGUUGGGCUGGGGAGGAGAGGAGAGGAGAAUGGGAAUUAUCUGCCUUGUGUUGAUUAAUCAUUCCCACCCUACCCCAAAAUCCGAUCCCUGAAAUAAUAACCCCCCUUUCCAGGCCUCUGGCCUAAUGGGCUGAAAGGACGGAGCCCAUCCUCAGGCCUGCAAGCUGGCGACAGGCAGGGCCAGGAGGUGCUUGCAGUGGGUCCUCACAGGCUUCAGAAACGGUGCCCAAUUUUGGGGGUAACAGUGUGUGUCGCCCUGAAAUGGCCACACACCCCUCCCCCCCGACUUAGCCUCCUCCCUGCAUGCUCUGGCAGGCGCGAUCUCAGUGCCCUGAGGCUGGCAUCAGCUCUGUCCAGCCCUCCCCUGCCAGGCCCUUAACGGGGCCGCACUGUUCAGAAAGUGGAGGCCUCGUGAGUGAGUCUGGCACAUGCCUGGUGUAACGCCACCGAAACCAGCGGUAAGCUGAGCCCGUGCGUUUCCCAGCCAGCUCUGUGGCUAGGCGGGGCAGUUAAUCCCCAUCCGCUCCCCCUUGCCGCUGGGCUGUUCCCAGGGGACAAGUUAAAACUGGUGUGUGUGUGUAUGAGGGGGGGAGUGAAUUCUGGCGACUCUCUGCAUGAGGAUGCCCUAGCUCCAAGAGAGAGGCCAGCUCCUGGGGGGCAGAGCAGUGAGGGUCACCCAGCUACUGCCCCCAUGCCUGAGCAUUUCACCCCGCAUGGUAGAGUGGGGAGGAGCCUCCUGUAGGUUCCUGAUGGUGUACAGAGGUCAGGGAGUGUGUGCACACACAGCGCAAGGGGCUGGGAGUGGUGGAAUGGGAGGAUUUGUUUUGCUGUGCCAUGGAUCAGACCUGGCCAUCCAUCAAAUGCAGAGCGUGAGGCCUUUGUGGUGGUCUCCGCUCUGCAGAACACAUCCCAGCCAUAAAAUUACCCCAUUGCCUAUCCCACCUCCCCAGAUCCCAGCACUGCCCUACUGUCCAGCCCCUUUGGACGUCAGACCUCCGCACGCAGCCGCUGCGUAGGACACGCCUCGGUUGUGGUGCUGGUUUGUACCACGGCCCACUCCAGCUUGCUGCCUCACAACUAGCACGGCUCCCCCGCACGCCCCUCGCACCUGGCAGAUGUAAACCCGAGACUAAGUGUGCGUGCCAUGGCAAUGAAGGGACAGCAGGCAGACUGCAAGGCGAGGGGGCAGUGGGAGAGGGCAGGCAGAAGAAGGCAGGAGAGAGAGAGAGACUGAUGGAGAGCAGGAGGUGGGGGAAAGGCCUCAGGCGACCAAGAGGAGCCGCGUUAGUCAGACACUAUUCACGUUAUAUUAUAAUCACUGGCCAAAGGUUACCAUGGCCUGGACAUGUAAGGCUGGGCCCCUUCCCAAGAGAACUGAUCCUGAGCUGCUGUCCUCAGGGAUUUGUCUACACUAGCAGCUUGUAGAGUUUGCAAGUGGUGUGGUCUGCACUAGCGAGUGGGGUAGUAGGGCUGGGUGACAAGCAAGUAAAAUCCCCAGUGUCCUCUCCACACUCCGCUCUGGACAGGGACUGGUGGUUAUGCAGUUUACUGAUGCAGACUGAGCCUUCUCGCAAUACCAGGGCUGCUUUUUCUAGCCUCCCCCAUGUGAUGUUGUACUAGAAACUCCUGCCGGGGGUGACACAGUUGCACCUCCCCUCACCACCCUGAACCACCCAACGGAUCAGCUCUUCUGGGCCCCUCUUCAUUCCGCCCCUAGAGCAGGGCACAUACUCAGUGGCCAUUCCACCCUGCUCCAUGGGACAGUGCAAGGAUAUAAGGGCGGGGGGGGCAGCGUUUCCUAUAAGCUAGGCAGGGCCACUCAAGAGAGAUUCAAACGCCGCCCAGCAGAUUAGCAGAGCACCCACAGCUAGGUUUUGUGUUUCUCCUGGUGGUGCACAUUUGCACAAAACUCGUUGCACAUAAAAUUAUUCUGCACAUGGAUGGGGAAAAUUCACGCACAAAAGAUUAGUGGUGGGGUGGGACACAGAACAGUCACUGGAGAGCAGGAUGGAGCAGUUGCUUCAGCAAAACGAGCCCAGACCUCAUGCAGGGACUAUGCCUCCUACUCCCACUUUUGACACCCCCCCAUAAAAGACCAUCCCAAUGACUAGAGCUGCCUCUCCAUUGAGCGUUCAGUGCCCUGGAGAAAGGCUCAGAGGAUGUGCCACAAUGAAGGCUUGCUUCAAGCCUGCAUAAGCGAUUAAGGUGACUUGAAAUAUGUGUAUGUUUGUGUCCUUGUAUGGUGCAGCUCCAAGGUUGCAUACUCUUGCAAAGCUCCCAUAGUUGGUGUUUUCUAUAAAGCCCCAGCAGCUGGAGUUAUAAACAUCAACUUUCAUUCAAACAAUAUGAGUUUUUAGCCCUCCUGGUUGUAGUGCCAAGCCUGAAAACCUGAGCCUAAAAUCCAGACGGCAAAUAAAAAAACCCACAUUUUAUUAUAUUGUUUAAAAAUACUUAUGAUUUUUUUAAACCUUUCUCAUGAUUUUCAGGAGCCUGAUCCAUGAAUUUUGAACGCUCAAUGGUACUGCAGCUGUGCCCCAUCUCUUUCAAUAACACAUCUCGGAGUCCAGCAAGACCAUACUGUGUUCCACUGAUUUCUUUUCUCCGAUUGAUGAUAAUAUAGUGCGCAGAGCCACAAAGACAAUAAUGUAUAACGUAGAGAGAAGGUGACACACGGGCCAGUUUAUAAUCUUUGGACUAGAUCGUAAAGUGCAUAACAGACAAAGACUGAAACACACACACACACACACACACACACACACACAGUAGUUGCUUAUGUCAUACAUUUUACUUAUGAAUGUAGCUCAUUUUGUAAUAUUUUAAAUAUAUUUAUAGGCGGUCAUCGGUCCUUUUUAUUAAAGUACAGAGCAGCAAC